AUGCCUCCUGGACGCCCCACAGCCGCCCGCCAACGCCUUGUGGCCCAAGAAAACGACGAGAACAGCACUUCAACGCGUUUAACACGAGCCAAGGCCGCUGCUCUUACCGUUGAUGAAUUGUCCAUGCCUUCCAAGACAGCCCUCCAGACAAAGAAGACCACGACCAACGUGACAAACGCAGCUGGAACACGAAGACGCGCCGCGUUGGGUGAUGUCAGCAAUGUGGGCAAGAAUGAUGUCGUAGAGGGCAAGAAGCCCGCUGCGGGCAAGGCCAGUCUCGUUUCCAAGACUGCUCAACCUUCGCGUGUCCAGAAGAGCACACGUCCCAGCAGCCGUGUCGCGUUAGCCGCCAAGGAGAACAAGCCCGCCGUCGAGCCCAAGAGGAAUGGUUCGGGAUCUGGUACCAUUAAGAGGAAGAACGUCUCUACAUCCAACAACCGGGAGGAUUCCGUCACAACAGACGAGGCCGAACUUGCCCGAAAGAAGACACACGGUCCUGACUCCGAGAAGCGACAGAAGAUUGAGAAAGCCGAGCCAGCUCCCUUUGAAGCGCGACCCAUUCCUGACCUCGAUGGCGAGGAUGUUGAUGACCCUCUCAUGGUCGCCGAGUACGCCACAGAAAUUUUCGAGUACUUGCGGGAUCUCGAGGUCUCCUCCGUCCCCAACCCCCAGUACAUGUACCAUCAGGACGAUCUCGAGUGGAAGACGCGCGGUAUUCUCAUCGAUUGGCUCAUUGAAGUCCACACCCGCUUCCACCUUCUUCCUGAGACACUCUUCCUCGCCAUCAACAUCAUUGACCGUUUCCUAUCAGAGAAGGUCGUUCAGCUCGACCGACUUCAGCUGGUUGGUAUCACCGCCAUGUUCAUUGCAUCCAAGUACGAAGAGGUUCUAUCGCCACACGUUGAGAACUUCAAGCGCAUCACCGAUGAUGGCUUUAGCGAGGCUGAGAUUCUGAGCGCGGAACGCUUCAUCCUGAGCACACUCAACUACGAUCUCAGCUACCCCAACCCCAUGAACUUCCUCCGCCGGGUAUCAAAGGCAGACAACUACGACAUCCAGACCCGCACUGUCGGCAAGUACCUGAUGGAGAUUAGCUUGCUUGACCACCGCUUCCUCGCCUACCGCCCCAGCCAUGUUGCCGCAGGUGCCAUGUACCUAGCCCGUCUGAUGCUUGACCGUGGUGAAUGGGAUGAGACACUUGCUUACUAUGCUGGCUACACCGAGAUGGAGGUCGAGCCUGUGGUUCACCUCAUGGUGGACUAUCUCGCCCGUCCAGUCUGCCACGAAGCAUUCUUCAAGAAGUAUGCGAGCAAAAAGUUCCUCAAGGCUUCGAUCCUUGCACGAACUUGGGCAAAGAAGAGCGCUGCCGCCUUUGGCCUGACAGAUCUCGAUCUCAGCCUCGAUCAAAUCUCAUGA